AUGAAUAGUCCACUCUUUUACCACACCCGAGUGUUACUGAAAACACUACACCGACACUCACACCUUUCAGAUCCACCGAGCUGCCUGCCACCCCCUUGGAGGGACCAGAUCUGCGUCGUCGUUCACCCCAUUGACGGGGGUCAGAUCACUCUCUUCCUGAUCGCUCACCCCAGGGCUAUCCUGCCCCGAUACCUGCUCUUCGACCUGGGCCUACGCAGCCGGCUUGAGCGCUAUCUCCCCGCGCAGCAGGCGCCCUUAACCAAUCAUGUUGCUCCUUACCGGCUGGGUCGGGGGGUUGCGCAGCAUUUGCGCGACGGGGGGUUGGAUCCGGACGCCGUCGACACCGUCAUCCUCAGCCACCUCCACUACGACCACCACGGAGACCCCGGGGAUUUUCCGCAAAGUCGUUUCAUCGUUAGAGCCGGCUCGUUAUCCCUGCUCCAUCGCGGAUUGGAAGGCACGAGUGUCUCACACCAGGCUUUCGACGCAGAGCUCUUCCGCACUGUGCAGAGCAGCGGCGCCGUGCCACUGGGGCCUUUACCCGCGGCGCUGGACCUCUUGGGGGACGGGUACGUCUAUGUGGUGGACGCCCCGGGCCACCUGCCGGGCCAUCUUAACCUGCUCUGCCGGCUGGGACUGCAUGGAUGGAUUUAUCUCGGUGGGGAUAGCUGCCGCGACGUACGGCUGCUCAACCCAGAGCGCGGGAUAGUGACCCGAGAGGAUAAGCAAAGCGUUUGCCACUGUAUCCACCUGGACCGGACGCGAGUUGAAUAUACUCUGCGGGAGGCCAGCGCGCGAGAGGGGGCGGAGUUAGAGGUUGUCAUGGCGCACGACGUCCAGUGGUGGGAGAAGAACCUGCGAUUUACCUGGGAAUUAGCAGAACCGACAUGA